UGGAGGCUUCAAUUUGUAUGGGUUUUUAAAUAAACUCUAACUUACCUUCAGUUCAUUUAUCAAUUGUUGAUAGGUGGGAACCUAAAUUUAAUAAUCUUCUUUUUAAUUUACAUCGCUUCAUUUCGUCAAGGUGUCUUAUCGGGCUCUUAUGACGACCGGCGCUAAGCUAAUAAGUCUUUAAUAACCUAUUGUAUGAACACUACUACUUAAUACCCUGCAUUCUUAAGUUUAAGCGACGAGAGGCACCGUCAUCUCGACUAAAUCGUUCAGGGCUAGAUAAAAGUCAAGUUCACAGCUAUAAGUACUGUGCGUCCACCCACCAACGGACGAGAGGCACCCAGAGUUCCUCCUCACCUGAUCUUCCAACGUUGAGUACCGGAUUCAAUAUGACUCGCAAGCCGACUAUCGUUUUCGCACCAGGGGCAUGGCACUCCCCGGACUCGUUCCGACUUGUUCGCAAUGCAUUGCAAGCCAGGGGUUGGGAGACUGACGCCGUCACGUACCCGUCUGUCGGUGCCGAGCCGCCCACCAAGGGGAUUCCCGACGACGCUGCGGCGCUGCGCAACGUUCUCGAUGAUUUAGCUAAUCAAGGUAAGCAGAUUGUUCUGGUCGUCCACUCGUAUGGAGGCCUGGUUGGUGCAAACGCCGUCCCAGGCCUUGGCUACGAGCAGCGACAGAAGGAGGGCAAGGCGGGAGGGAUCGUCACGUUCCUUUACCUCGCUGCAUUCGUAACGCCCGUGGGCCAGAGCAUUCUCAAACUUCUUGGAGGACGGUGGCUUCCCUGGAUGCGUGUAGAGGGCUCGUACGUAUUUGCAGACACACCAGAGGAGGUAUUUUAUCAUGAUGUGCCUCUAGAUCUGCAGAAAGAGGCGGCUGCGGCUCUCACACACGAAUGCGUGCGUGCGUGGACGGAUGAGGUAGACUACGAGCCUUGGCACGACAUGCACUGCUUAUACUUUGUCUGCGAAGAAGACAGAGCUGUCCCUGCCGCCGUGCAAGAGCAGAUGGCUCAAAUCCUAGGCCCGGAUUCAGUUAUUUUCCGGAGCAGAACCUCGCACUCGCCCUUCUUGUCAGCGGUUCAAGACGUGGUGGAUGGAGUCGAAAAGGCGGCGCACUCGGGCCAGAUGAGGGUCCAGCUAUAGAGUUGCGGUGACGACAGUGAUGAUAGCAGUGGCUGUCCGAUCCACGCUCUUCACUCCUGAUUUGGCAGGGAGAUUGGUUCCGGGCGACACCGGGCGUUUCAUUACCACUGAUGCGAUGCAAUCCCUGUCGAAUAAUCAUUGGCCUCGCUGUAGAAAAAGAAAAUUCAGUAGAACCCUCCAUUAAGGAUAUGGCUAACCCUUCAGUGACGCCCGCCCUAGUACGAAGUAGUUUUAAUGACGUUACAUAGGGCAAGAAUAAAGUUUCGGAGAACGCC